AUGCUCAAGCCUUGGCUUUCACAUCAAACAUUCGAUCGGUUUGCAAAAGUUAUCAUUGAUGGAAAGCAAAUCGAUUUCAAGAGCCAAGAAACGAUAUUAGAACUGCUUUCGAAGAAUAAUAUUAAUAUCCCUCAUAAAUGUCAAGGAACUGGCGAUUGCAGACUGUGUAAAGUUCUUGUAAAUGGUGUACCUAGACAAUCCUGUGAAGUUAUUGCUAAAGAUGGGAUGAUAAUUAGCACAAAAGAUCCAAAUAUCAAAAAUAAUAUUGAAAACAAAGUUAAAAUCUAUGCAUCCUUUGAUCCAGAUGUUGAAAAAGCAUAUCAUCUUAUCAAAAAUCCAUCAAUGAAGCAACAUCAUAUUGAUAUAACAACAGGAUCAAUUCAACUUAACCAUGAGACGUGUAUCGAUUGUUUCAAGUGUGUAGAUGUUUGUCCAGCACAUGUUUUAACAAAAGGAGACCAUCUCCAGACAUUUGGAUAUUUCGGAUUGAAAGAAUCAGGAUGUUUAAGUUGCGGAAAUUGUCUUGAAGUUUGUCCAACGAAAUCUUUCUCUAUAACAGACAAUUCCGGGCUCUUUAGAUCAGCCAUGUCCAAGAAGAAUACAUUAAAAGUUCUUGUAGCUGAUUUAUCCAUUAUUUCGCGAAUAGAAGAAGUGUUAAAUCUUCCAAAGAAUUCCAUUGAUUUAGAAAAUUUUUCAAAAUUUUUGAAGAAUUUAGGAUUUGAUUAUUUUCUUGACCAAGGAUUGAUAAAUGACUACAAGAUCAUAAAGAAUUCCACAAAACUCAUCAACCAUUCAACACAGUUCUACCAGAGAACAUUUGGAUCUUUCUGUCCGACGUUGACAAGAAAAUAUGUUGAAUAUGUAAUGAAUCCAGAAAAGAAAAUUUUUGAGUAUUUAACAUCUCCUGGAUUAGAUGUAACGACUUUUGUUGUGACUGAUUUCCUUUCCAAACGAUCUGAGGCUACUUUUUAUAUGAGCAAUCCAGAGAUCUUCUAUUCUCUUGGUUUAACAUCGAAUGAAUUUUUGGAUUUCGUCAAAAAUCAAAAGCCUUCAUUUGACGGAGAUUCUCUUUGCAGAAUUUCCCCUCUUGGAUCUGAAGAAGGAGCAAAAGCUGUAACAUCUGAGAAGUUUGCAAAUGCUGUUAUCUCAACAUUUGUUAAAAAUUAUACGACAGCAAAACCUCCUCAUCUUUCUUUUAACAAAGUUGAUGAAGGAAUCAAAGUUGCGGAUUUCCAUAUCGGAGCAGAAACAAAAGCUCAAGCCGCCAUUAUUGAAUCUGCUGCAGAUGUAGAAAGACUGUUGGAUAUGAAAUUCAACAAUCUUAUUUACAUUUCUCCAAAUGAGAAAAAUAGAAAUAUUGAUAUUAAUUAUCGCCAAAUUCAGAGAGAUUAUAAGUUUGCUAAUGUUAACCCAGAAGCAAAGAGACUUUAUUCUAAGUAUCUUGAAGAAGUUGACCAUGAACUUGCAAUGAAAAGGAAAUGUACAUGUUAA